AUGGUGAAACAGGACUUCAACAAACAGGACUCGGUAUUGGAAGCAAGUGAAAAUAUAGAGAGAAUUGAUGAUGAUGCGGUGAUUGACAUUAUUGAAGUUGAAGACCCAGGCUCAGAAUUGGAAGCAAGUGAACAAAUGGAAAGACGUGAUGAGGAUGCAGUGAUUGACGUGGGAGACCCGUACUUAGAAUUGGAAACUUCUCUUAUGAAUGAACUGGAAUCUUUGCAUCCUUUAUCUGAAAAAUGCACCAUCCAUCGUGUUCAAGAGAGUGUACGUCGGCUAGAUGAAAAAGCUUACACACCCCAAAUAGUCUCUAUUGGUCCGAUUCAUCAUGGCAAACCAGAGUUAAAAGCAAUGGAAGAGUAUAAAAGGAGAUAUUUACAACAGUUUCUUGAAAGAACUAAUCAGGUGCGCUUGAAAGAUUUUAUAAAAGUUGUAAAGGAAAAUGAAGAAAAAGUGCGUGACUGUUACGCAGAAACCAUUGAAAUUGAUAGUGAUGACUUUAUGAAAAUGAUUUUAACGGAUGCUACUUUCAUUUUGGAGCUUCCAUUCUUCAUUCUUGAAGAUUUGUUUAGGCUAGCCGAUAUAGACAUAUCCUUUGACAAUCAAGAGAAGCCUUCUAUUCUUAAAAUUAUCCAUAAUUUCACCUAUUUUCAUUGGAAACGCUUAGGAAUGGAGGAGAACUUUGAUGAAAGUAAAUAUUCGGGGGUGAAGCAUCUUAUUGACUUUCUAAGAAUUUCUAUUAUACCUUUGAAUCCACAGUUGAAAGAGAGACCAGAAAUUCUAAUAACACCAAGUGUAAAAGAACUACAUCAAGCUGGAGUGAAGUUUCAAUUGGGGUUAAGCAAAAACUUAUUUGAUAUAAGAUUUCGCAAUGGAAUAUUAGAAAUUCCACAAUUCACAGUAUCAAGUUCCCUGGAAAUUGCUUUGAAAAAUCUUUUGGCCUUUGAGAAAAGUCAAUGCCAAGAUAAAUUCUUAAAUGACUAUAUUAUCAUGAUGAAUUAUCUUGUUAACACUCCCAAGGAUGUGGAUAUACUUGUCCAGCAUCAAAUUAUUCGCAAUCCAAUAGGAGAUUGUGAACCGGUGUCAAGUCUAAUUCACCGCCUUAAUCGACGGCCUCGUUUCCGUUCUCGUUUCCUUUAUUCUUCUCUUGUGGAAGAGCUGAACAAGUAUUGCAGAAGACCAUGGCACCAGUGGAUCGCAACCUUAAAACAAAAUUAUUUCAAAACUCCAUGGACGACCGUUUCUGUAAUUGCUGCUACUGUUCUCCUCAUACUCACAGCGAUUCAAGCCAUAUGCUCUAUCCUCCAGGUUCAAUAG